AUGCAGAUCCUGACGAGGACUAUCCUACUCGGCGGCCUCGCAGCCGCCGGCUUGGCGUCAGCGAACCCACAGCCCGAUCCUACGGCCGUCGCCCUCGAGCAGCAGCAGCCUGCGUUUGCUGCGUCCACGGCCGCGGCGCCAGUCUUUACCCAGCUGCCCACGGCAGUACACAUGGCCGCAAGGGCAACGGGGAAGACCAAGACCAAGACCAAGGAUGGAGCAGAUGCAUCGUUUGGAACUUCGACUUCGACGGGCGGGGCCGCUGCUGUUGCAGGCCUCGGGCCCGAGCCGACGCACUUGGGAGUGGCGGGUGUGGCGGGCCUUGUUGUUGCUGCGAUGCUAGAGCGGUACAGGAUGAGUAGCCGGCGAAUGUACUCGUACGGCAUUCUCGAGAAACUAAAUGCUCCCAUCCACGCACUAUUCGACUCGCUCAACGUCUCGUGGUGUGAGGAGCCCAAGCAUCAGUGA